AUGAUCGCGUUGAAAGAUAUCCCUACAAUCAGGCAACUGUACAGAACAAGUGCACUGAGCAUUGCCAAAACGCGACGUUAUCCCUUGAUUGAAGCCCAUCUUGACCGCAUAUCGCUUCUGCAAGGCGAUAUCACCAAGGUGCAAGUCGACGCGAUUGUCAACGCCGCAAACAGGAGUUUGUUAGCCAGCAUUCUAGUCGACGGUGCUAUUCAUGAUGCUGCUGGUCCGAAACUCCUGGCAGAGUGUCGCCCCCUGAAUGGUUGUGAAACGGGAGGAGCGAAAAUUACCAAGGGUUACGACCUACCUGCCCUUCACGUCAUUCACGCUGUCGGGCCAAUCUACGAUUCGAACGAUGUUGAAACCAAGGAAUCCCAACUGGCCUCUUGCUACCUGAACAGUCUAGAAAUUGCGGUUAAUAAUUCACUCAAAACUAUUGCUUUCCCCUGCAUCUCAACUGGGAUCUACGGUUAUCCUAUCGAGGACGCCACUCAUGUUGUCCUAGACGUCGUUCGAAAAUUCUGCGACACGGAGACUGGAAAGGAGCUCGAUCGAAUCAUAUUUGUGGUUUGGAGUAAUACAGACAGGGCCUUGUAUGAGAAACUACUCUCGGAAUAUUUCCCCUCCGAUAGCGAAUGA